AUGUCAUACCAUUUUGUUAAAAAAUUAACCUCUAGUAGAAAUGACUUGAGUGAAGAACAGCUGGAAAAACUGUUUAGUUCUAUAAAUGGGUAAGUAUCAUGCAGAUUACUUGUUGGAGUUACAAAACUGAUCAUAAUAAAGUGAAGAAGGUAUUUAACACUGUAGCAGUUUUGGCCUUUAAUUUAUGGCUUUUUUUAAGCUAUUAGAAAAUACCCAUUUUUUUGAAGUAGCUAAUGUUAAAAAAAUAUAAAUGGGCUCUUAUUAACAAUAAGUAGGAUAUUAGUAGAGGUAAUGGUUUCUUGUUUGCAUUGUUAAACAAUAGUAUUGGAGCCAAGAGGUAAGGUCUAGUCAUAAAAUUUUUACCCAUCUUUGCUUAACGGGUGUUGAUUUAAUAAAGUAUCUUCUUGUUCAUUAAGUUUUCUUUUUUCUCCCUCUCUCUCUUUCUCUGAUUUAGGGUCUUAAUUCCAGGGGGUGGUGUAAGUGUCUUUGAUUCACAGUAUGCACGAACAGGCAAAAUACUCUUCAAUCUGGCAAUGAAAGCAAAUGAUGCAGGAGAUGUGUUUCCACUCUGGGGAACCUGUCUUGGUUUUGAGUUCCUUAGUGUCUGUGGUGCAGGAGGACAAAAUGUUUUAUCAUCUGUAGAUGGUGAAGACUAUGCUAUUCCUUUAAACCUCAGUGAUGGUAUGUCAUACUCACGCCAGGUCCUCACUAGUGAUGCAAACUAUAGGGGCAAUGUAUGAAAGACGGUACAUAAACAUGUUUAAAAAGUUGAGCAAGGUUCAGGUUACAUACUUAUAGAGGAGAAAAGUUUGUGAGUUUUGCAUUUUUUAAUUGGCUGCCUAGAGAGUCACAUACUGGUAUACAUGGAAACAGUUAUUCCAACAUAUUCGUGGAUUCAAGUAUUGUCACUCGUAUAAAUUUCAGUGAUAUGCCCUUAAAGGAACGAGGUUAUAGCACCAAGAAUUAACAAGUUAUAUAUAGUUUCUAUCAUGAAAAUGAUAAGAGUGUACGGUACAUAAAGUGAACCUUCCAACAUUCUUAUAAUCAUUGUCAUAUACUCAAUACUUUUGUUAUGUUGAUAUUUAGUUUUGUACAUUAUGUAAUUUUUUCUUGUUUAUUAAUAUUACAUUAUUUCUGAUUAUCUUUCAGGCUAUGAGUCAAGCAGACUUUUAGGAUCUGCCCCCGAAGAGAUUAUUACUUAUCUCAGAACAGCAAAUGUUACUUAUAACCAUCAUCGGCACUGCAUUUCCACGGAUGUGAGUAGAAUUCUGAAGAUUUUUUGGUUCUGUUUUGGAAAAGGCCUGAAAAGGACCACCCUGGGUAUUAGAGGUUAAUUCCUCAUGUGCAGUAGAAUGCUUCAGUGUCCUGAGACACAGGCUGACAGGACAGAAACUGGAAAUGGUGGUGAAAAGUUUCUGGCACCCAGGGUAGAGGAAGACCAAUGAACUGUUUUAUAUAUUUAUUUAUUUAUUUAUUUAUCGUUUUUUGAGCCCCCUCUUUGUCUCUGCAACAACUGCCUGUUUUUGUUGCGGCAGAUUUACCCUUGGGUCCUCUACAACAGCCACAUAUCUUUAUUCCCAUCCCUGUGUUUGAAAAUUCAAUUAACGAAAGGACAUGAUUAGUCACCCAUAUGACAUAUCUUGUUUUAAAGAAAAGUUUUAUCUGUCUGUUGUAGACUUACUACAAUAAUGACGCUCUCAAAAAGUUCUACAAAGUUUUGUCAACCAACAGAGACAAAGAAGGAGUCAAGGAGUUUGUAUCCACUAUUGAAGGUAAUGAUGUCAAUCUAUGAAAAGUUCAGUGUUGGAUGUUAUCUUUGUACGGCACAUUCCUUUUGUCAGAACUCAGCAGCCAGACCAUUCCAUCAUUAUGAGAAUUUCACUUUUGGUCAAAACUAUCCAGCCAGAACAUUCAAACCCUAAAUAGUGUGCACAAAGGAGAUGGUUUUUCAUCAAAGACUCUUGGUCCAGCUGGCCGUGGUUCUGACUUUUGGAAAACAUCCUUAGUUUCUGUUAAGAUCUUCGCAGCAGCUGCAUUUUUGUGUCCACAGCUUUCAAAACAUUUUAAUGUUAAUUGGCUCACUCCAAGAGCGAGCGAAAUGAAGUAAAGAAUUUCCUGUUUUCUGACUGGCUACUCGAGAGGCAAGCCCCCUCAGGAUUUUCUGCUUUGUUCUGGCACACACACAAAAAACUUUUGACCACAUGAUAAAUUCUAUACUGAUCGUGCUUGUCCAAAACAAAUAAAAACCUGACUUCCUGCUUUGUCAAUAACUACUGUACAGCUGAUAAGGGAUCUGGAGCUAAAAUGUGUCCGCAAUUAUUUUUGGGAUUGUUCCUGGGGAUGCACCGGUCAGCUGUUGGCCAAUGUUUUUUCCCUUUCCUUGGAAACAGACCCAGAAGUCAUUUUUAUAGUUAACUCGGUGUAGUUUCUUUCUCGUUUUUCUACACUGGCAAAUAUAACAAUUCCAUCGCCUAUUGGAUUUAUGAUGUUAACUGUUUCAUGCUACGAGCGAAGUCUCCAGAACACUGUAUACUUAAUAUUUCUUACUUCUUUCUAUGCUCUAGGUCGUGAUUAACCGUUCUACGGAGUUCAAUGGCAUCCCGAGAAAAAUUCUUUUGAGUGGACGUCUGCAGAAGGCAUUAAUCACUCAAAGCAAGCAGUACUGGUAA